CUGACAGACUGAUCAAAACAAAACAAACAACCAACGAAAGUGGACGUGCGUGUGUCGGGCUCGCGCUUUUCUUGCCCAUUUUUCCGUGAUUUUUCAGCCAGUCGUGUGACGGGUGAAAAGUGUUACGGUGGUCCAAGGUGGUCCUCGUCGUAGAUUAAAUAAACCACGUCUACUUGCAAUCGUUCUUCAGUAUUGCCUUGGUUACAGCGCGCCAACAAAAAAAAAGAAGGAAAAUCGUUAAGCAAAAAUCAGUGCGCUUCAGUGCUGUCUAUCCGUUGCAGCAGCCGGCCGUGCGCGUGGUAGUUGAAUAAAAAGAAGGAAAAAAAGCAAGUGAAAGUUGGCGCAACGCCGCCGCCGCGUGGUGGUGUGUGGUGGUGGUGCAAUUUGGUCGACUUGUACCGCACGCCGGGAACGAAGCCGAGAAGAGGAAAGUGGGCGAGGGCAUGUGUGAAAAAUACCAGAAAUAAAAAUAAGAAGCAGUAGGCUGUGGUGUCUCUCACGUGCGUGGAAAGUGGUGGGCAAAAGUAAGCCCCAUUUUUUUUUUGUUGUUGUUCACUGUCCAGUCCGGUGUUUGGUCCGGUGAAAAGUGGAGGAAAAUCAAGUGUGGGGAAGUGUGAAAAUUUGUGCUGCGGUAAAGUUGGUCCAGAUACGGGCAGAGCGGGUGUGUUUUAGUCGGAAGUUCCGGAAGGACCUUCCCGAAAGUGACACCACCGAAGUCAAUUCUGGGGAGUCGCGGCAGGAUACACCGCUACGGCAGUGACUAAAUGACCGAGUAAUCAAAGGAUACGAUAUCCCCAUUCUGAUUGUGGCCGGGCGCAUCGAGCGGAUAAGCCCUUCGUAUCAGCUGCAGACGACAAAUGGAUUGUAAUUGCUGUCAACGCCAUCAUUGCCUGCCUCAUCAUCCGCACCACGGUGGACCAGCACCUUAUCGCCAGCAGCAGCAGCAGCAGCAGUUGCAGCGGGAGUAAAGCACCCGAACCUUGUGCUGGAACUGAUGUGCCCCCGUGGGGCCCACGGCGGUACCGAAUGCAUCAUCAACAGCGGAUGCAUUAGAAGGAAGGAGCAAAAACUAGCGCGGACUCAUCGGUGUGGAUGCUGGAAUACUGCGUCGCCUGGUCGUACUGUGGAUUACAGAAACUGGCACGGGAUAUUAAAAACGAUGACAUAGAUUCGCCGAGACGUUGUCGAGAACUUGGAGCUUUGUGUGAUUUAUUGUGCGUUCAAGUCAUCGGGAUUUAAGUGUCAGAUGUUGUUGCUGCUUGGAAGACGCCGAGGACACAACUAGAGCUUGAUCAAUCUGCUCUAAACCUAUCAUACUCUCAACAAAUUUUGGAGAUUACUCAAUCUCACCGCACACACCCCAAACGACGAACCCUGCCAGAUCCGUUGGACCAACUAGAGCCUACCCAAGCAACAGGAGAGUUCAUUAAGAGCACUCCCCGCUGCAACUAGCAUACUAGCGCAUACCAUACCACUUUUUUACGCCAACCCCUUACCCUUCAGUGUGCACCGCCAGUAGUGCGCAAAACCGGCCCCAAGCUGAAGCUCCCGAACGUUAUCAGAAUGCGUCGCAACUGGCUUCUGCGCUGCAGCAUCCUGAUCAACGUGGCUGUGGUGCUGUACAUCGCCAGCCAUCUGCUGAUCGGGAGCGGCAACUUUGCCCUCGGCCCGUCCUACAUCAUAUCGGAUGAGGUGCUGAAGCAGCAGCAGCAGCCGGCCGCAGCCGCCGAACAGUACAAACAGUAUCUGCCGCCCGCCCAGCAGCGGUUGCUCGAGGCGGAGCAGCAACUGUACGAGGUGCAGCAGCAGCAGCAGCAGCAGGCGCAACAAUCAGUCCAGCAAGGACACAGCACUUUAGUGUUAAAAAUUCAAGAAAAUGGGAUUGGCGUGCAGGAAGUGUCCCAGCAAUUGCAGCAGACGCGACAGCUCGCACAGAGCGGUGGCAAUCAGCAGCAGCAGGAACAGUUGAUGCUGGAAGCGCGCGAUGUAGAUAACAGUAAUCUUAAUGUAGACGAUAGUCGUUUCGAUGUGCCAACGGAGCGGAGCACCGUCCGGAAGAUGGGCGAUGUGCUCUACCAAGACGGUCAGCAGCAGCAGCAGCAGGUGGUGGUGGCAGCGGGUGGCAUUGUACCCGUAAGCGUCGGUGGUGGUGCGACCGGUGCGCUCAACGGUACCGAUAUCUUUUCCACCACCGCGUCCAUGGAUGCUGACGCGAAGCUGAGAUCGCUGCUCAACUGCCACGACCGGGACUACGAGCCGUACAUCGGGCAGCGGGGCGACUUCUGGGUGAUGCGGAACUACAUCCGGGCGGAGCACGGCGAUCUGCGGUGCCACGAAACCAUCACCUACACGACGCACGCCGACUACACGUUUCUGGACAAUUUGGUACCACUGCUGGAACGGUGGAACGCUCCAGUCAGCCUUGCGCUUCACGCACCCGGCACGGACUUUGUGCCGACGAUCAAUUCGAUAAAGUAUCUAAGAGACUGCAUACCAGAGAGUCAUUUAGUCCGACAGUUUGUCACAUUUCAUAUUUAUUUUAGUAGUAAACAUAUUCCAAAACUCGUUCCUAAACACAAUCAAGUAUUAGACACGCCGUACAACUGCUCGCUGGCGAUACCGUACUUCAACGUGUCGGCGGCGCAGCUGUACAAGACGCAGAAGAAGCUGCUCUACCCGGUGAACGUCGGGCGCAACAUUGCCCGCGAUGCGGCGAUGACCCAUUUCUUUCUAGCUAGCGAUAUUGAAUUGUACCCCAACCCUGGGCUGGUGCACAAGUUUCUCGAAAUGAUCGCCCGGAACGAGCCGGUGCUGCAGCGUAAGAAUCCCAGAGUCUUUCCUCUGCCAAUAUUCGAGGUAGAUAAUAAUUCACCGGUGCCGCGUGAUAAGGCGGAACUGCAGGAGCUGCUGCGCAGCGGGAAGGCGAUCCCGUUCCACAAGCGCGUCUGCUCGAGCUGCCACGGCGUGCCGAAGUCGAAGGAGUGGAUCGCUGCCAACGAAACCGACGAUUUGGGCGUGUUUCACAUUGGCAAACGCAUCGGGUACUUCGUGCACUGGGAACCGAUCUACAUUGGCACGCACGCCGAUCCACACUACGACGAGCGGUUAAGCUGGGAGGGGAAGAGUGAUAAGAUGACGCAGGGCUACGCACUGUGCGUCCUCGACUACGACUUUCACAUACUCGACAACGGGUUCCUGGUGCACAAGCCGGGCAUCAAGGUGCUGAAAAAGGACCCGAAGCGGGCGAUGCUCGCGGCGAAAACGAACCAACUGAUCAAGAAGAUCAUCUACCCGGAGCUGCAGGUCAUGUACGGAACGCGCAAGGGCUGUGCUGUAUAGUUGAAGGGGAAACAACAUUAGUAUAGGGCCGGCGACACCGCUGGCAACGGUAGUACUAAUGGUGGCGGUAGUAAUGGUGCUAGUGAUCCUGGUGGUGGUGGUAUUAUUGGUAGACGCUCGCGGACCAUGAUCUCAUCGUCCUUCGGGUCGGCGGCGGUCGGCUGGUCCUCGCUGUCGCUGCUGUCGGCGGCACCGGGCGGCCCGCCGUACCGGGCGCACGUUAGCAGCCGGCGCAAGAAGGGCAAACCGAGGGGCUACGUACGCCGCCGCUGAAUGCCGAUGACGGGCCGAUGAGCGCACGGUCCGUGGCCAUGGGGUUUUCGAGGACCCCGUAUGGAAGUCUGCAGGGUAUAAGAAAUCAUAUUUUCGUAAGUGUAAGUAAGUAAGUAAGCCAGUCAGUCUGCGCGUGUAUGUGUGCCGAGAUACGUGCGUGUAUGUUUCUCUCCGUGUGUGUCUGUUUUAUGUUUAUGCAUCCACCAAGCACAAUGACUCGGAUUAAGAACAAAUAGCUAUUAAAGAGUGCGUCCAACAGCGAUCGAACUUCUGCUCCGCUGCUGUGGUGGCAGUGGGGAAGCUCUAAAUCGCGGGAACGAAAGGGGGUGGAUCCCGUUCCUGGAAGUGAUAUUACCUGAGGACACUUUAGUUACGAUUUUAAUUCGAUAAGAAGAUGCGAAGGCAGAAGUUCCCCAGGGGCCUAGUGAUAGAAUGUAUGUCUGUCUGUACUGAGAGUUGGGAAAGGAGAAGGACAUGAUCAGGUGAAGCUUUUUUUCUUCAUUAAAUCCUUCUUCUGCGGUAGCACAUUGUGCAUCACCACAACACUGCACACUGCAAGGGCGCACGAUAGAAGCAGCAACACCUUAGUCGCAUAGUCGCAUUCAUUCGAUGGUUCAAUGUGUUUCGAUGUGUGGAUAGGAGAAGCGGAUAAGUGUGCACAGGUGUGGCAAUUUUAUUCAAUGUGCAUUGUGCAAUAGGAAUGGUUUACUUUACCAAACGCCUCCAUAGCAAAGCUAGCCACUGAUAGGGAUGAUUUUAUAGUAGAAAUUCGUCUUUUGGUUCUUCUUUUACACAACAAUUAUACAUGGUCAAACCAGUUUUUUAAACAGCAGACUAUUUUUUUUAAUAUUAACCAGCUGGAGUAAGUCUUACCACUCAGUUGCCCUGGAUUUGUCAUUGGUCUUGGUCUGCACAGUUUAUACUGACUGUUUAUUGGUGUGCUUUUUUGUUCGAGCUCUAAACCGGUAAAAGAGUUCUCUAUGUAUGGCCCAUUUAUUUAAUCCGCUUAUUUACCUUUUUUAAAUCAGUGUUCCAGCAUAGCUGACCUAUACAUCUGUUUGCAAAGAUCAACAGUUCGUUUACCUAAAUGCAGGAACCUUAAAUGUAAUGGACGAUAAAACUGAAGCAUUCAAUUAUGCGCACUGUAUCAUACAAUAACUUGGUAAACAUUUUACAAAAAAAAAAAUAAAAAAAACGCACAGUUUUGUGUGAAGAAUGAGGCGAAACUCGGCAACAAAUAAUCACUAAUGUUAACAAGAAACAAGGAAAUGACCAAGCACUGAUCUAAAAUAUGUUCGCCGGAAGACGCCCGAGUUCUGAGCUCCUCGGGCGUGUUUAAAGCAAACGAGAAUCUCGCAACGGAGAUGAACAAUGUUCAAUACAAGGAAAUGGAAGGAAAUGGAAACGAAACAAAACAAAAAGACAUGUGAGCAACAAUAAUUUUACCCUCCCCCCAUACAUCGUACUCACUAAGAAAGAAGCAUGCAUUUUUAAUGCGUUUGAUGCUUAUUACUCUGAUGUUUAUUUAUUGAUUUAUUGUACAUUUCUUUCUUUUUUACUUGGUUUAUUUUUGUUGCAUUCUUUUGCACACUGAAUCUCACUCUUGUUGUUCAUUUAUAUGUCAAUUAAAUUCCUUUCCUUUUUGUGUGUUUGUGUUUUUUUUUUACAAAGAAUCUUAUCAAAUUAAGAAUCAUCUAACUCUUUACUAAGCUUUAUACUAUGUUGCUCUGUCUUUUCUGUUUAAGCUUCAAGCAAAAAUAUGCAUAACACAACAACUAGUUACAUAUCGAAACAUAAACCAAGUAGUGUGAUAACAAUAGCUAUUCUCUUCCAAGUUUCUCGAUACCUACGAACAAAAUACCAUUUCUAUUAGCAUUAUCCUAGCGGCUUCUAUUUUCUUUGCCCAUUACUCGUUCAAUACAUCAUAUUACGGUUCAUUUAGCCAAAACAGGCAAAAAACAAACACACACUCUGUAUAAAAAAUUGAACGAAAACAAGCAAAGUAAUUUUCAACACACACAAGCACACCCAGCGGUAUCGGUAGCGGUUGUUUAUUUUACGUCUCCAUAGUAAGUGCCUUAUUCGUACGAAGAAAAACUAAAACUAAAAAACAUAACACGCGCAUAAGUAUGAAC